AUGGUGCUGAAGGGGAGGGGCUGGGUGCAUGCCGUUUAUCGAUUCUCCGAGUUCGGAUGCCGAGGCGGGGGGCUGAGGGAACGGGGCGGGACGACGGAACGUGGCUAUGCGGGGAGAUGGGCAAGACCACCAGACGAACAGUCCCUUUGGUACGACGGUCGAAUCUACCCUAAGGCAUGUCGAGUCUGGCACACGACGAUUCUGCAGCCGUGCUGCCAUGUGUUGCUUGGCUAUGCUUUGCAUCUGCGUAUACUUAGAAUAGAGAGAGGCGUGAGCGCCGCCUGCGCGCUGGCAACUGUGUGCGCGGCAGCUGUCAUCGCCCAUUCGACAUCAGACGAUGGAUUUGCCCAAAGGCUUUACGACCAGGCCAGACAAGCCGGCCAGUAUCCACCACCUAAUCCUGCAGAGGCACAGAAACGGGCCGGCAGCAGUUCGCGGGCGCUUGCCCGGCACUCGGUUGUUCCCGCGGCCAUCUUGGUUGCAGUUGUUUAUGAAACACCAACACUCGCCCAUCCAGCAGCCGCGCCUAUCGUCACUGUGAGCGCCUCGCGGAUGGGCGCUCUCGGUGGGUCGCAAGGCAUCUUGCUCGGCCCGUGUAUGUUGGAUUGCUAUUCUCGCAGCCUGGUCUCUCUCGCACGCUCUUGA